AUGCUGCCCGUCCAGUAUGGCCAACUGGCCGAUGAUGGAGAUGAGGCAAACAAGGCGUGGACAGGGGAGAAGAGGCGCCGCAAGCACCUGCCCCCAUCAUCUUCCGAUGCUCCUGCCACUGCCCACGACCAUGGAGACAUGGAGGAGGUCACCAUCCAAGGGUGCCAAGAUCCGAUUUCUCAUGCGACAGACAUGGAGCUGCUGCUCAGAACAGAUUCGGCACACGAAGAAAGCUACGGGCAGAACUCCCUUAUCAGCGAGGAAGACCAUGGAGAUAUGGAGGACACCAUCAAAGGGUGCCAAGAUCCGACUUCUCAUGCAACAGACAUGGAGGGCACCAUCCAAGCAGGCCAAGAUUAUGAUCUGCUGCUGAAAACAGAGCCGGCAAAAGAAGAAAGCGAGCAGUGUUUCGGGCCGUACUUCCUUCUCAGCAAGGAAGACCAGGCCAAGGAUCGUCAAUUUUUGCUUGCCAAUAUUCAGAAGGAGGACGAUUAUCCUACUGACCUGCCACUUUAUUUGACACGGGAGGAACACCGCAAGAUAGAAGCGCGCCUUGCACGCUAUCGCGUCGCUUAUUACAAGGUUGUGAAUCCGGAGUGCGCACGUCAGCUCAAGGAACCAGAAGAAUACACCGAUGAUGAACUUCUUAACGAGUCGUACUUUGCGGGGUUAGAGGAUGAUGAAAGUUUUGAGUGGUACAUCCAUCGUGAAGACACGUACAACAUUGAAUUGAAUGACUACCAACGGAUUGUCCCUCGUAAUUUUCUGCCUGGUAGGAGUGGAAACCUGUACGGCUAUCAUGAUGAGUACCGCUCACGUUAUCAUACAUAUAAAAUUGAUGAUGUUUAUGUCAAGUACUAUGCAGAAAUUUCAAAGAAAAUCAAGUGGAUUGCAGAUUUUUUGCAUCUGGAUCGCAAGACUAAGGAUUGGAUAGAAUGGGAUACUAGAGCAUGGAGGCAAGCAUUGAGGAUUGCAACUGGCUUUCCCCAUAUGACUGAAAAAUUAGCUGGUUAUGCUUAUGACGAGUACAUUACGGAGCUGGAAAUGGAUGCGUCCCUCAAGGACAUAGAUCUCCUCUAUUUUGAGAUCUGGAGGCUUGUCGCUAAAGAAAAUAGAACUUACAAAGAGGCUGUGAAGGAAGUUUAUGAGUCUGGCGAGUUCCCUAUACACAAAGCAGUACUACAUGCUGAACUCAAUGGGGGCCAUAUCUUUGUAACGAUGCAAGAAAUGAUCUACGCUGUUGUCCUGGAGGGUGGCAUUGAACUGACUGACGAAGAGAAGAAAGCUAGGGGUGUGUUUAGGAAGUUAUCUUUCAGCAUGCAUAAACCACUGAACAUGGCUCAGUAUGCUCAGAAGAAGGUGGAGAUAGCAAAACAGUUGAAGCUGGACAAUGAGGAUGGAUUUGUUCCUUUUAGACCCUUUGAGUUCUGA